CGAUUCGUGGCCCUUUCAACCAUCUGGCAACCAUCGAGGAGCGAUGCGAAAAAAAACAACCGCUGAAAAUUGACUAAAAACUGCAAUAAAAUAGCGCUCAGAACCCGGAAAAUGGCCCGUAAUGCUGGCGGAGGAUCCUCGCGGGCGGGCAGCUCCUCCGGCUCCGCACCGUCCACCUCGACGGCCUCAGCAGCAGCAGCGGCGGCCGCAGCGGCAGCGGCAGCAGCAUCCCACAACUCCAAACAGAAAAAGGGAACCCGCUUCAGUUUGUCCCCCAAUCUGAUGCUGGACAAGUGGAAGACGGUGAUUGGAUGCGUCUGCCUGGUGAUUGCCUCGUACUUUGGCUAUCUGGGCUACCUGGAGACGCGCGUCAAUACGCCGUUCGACCACCAGAAGAUGGUGAUUGGCGCUGGUCUGGAGCAACCGGAUCGCUACUGGGGCUCCUACCGGCCUCUCACCUACUUCGGCCUGAAGACUAGGGAUCCCCACUCCCUGGUCAUGGGUCUGAUGUGGUAUACGCCCAGUAAUCUGGGUCCUGGCGGCCAUGGCAUCCGUCAUUGGUGCGAGCAGGGCGACAAUCUGGACUCCUACGGCUGGACGCAUCACGAUGGCCGGAGUUUCGGUGUCCAGGAGAUCCAGGACCUGCCCUUCGAACUGAAAACCUCCUUCGUCAAGUACCCGGAGGACAAGCAGUUUGGCGGCGACUGGACCGCCCGGAUAUCUGUGAGGAACACCACCCGGGCCUGGGACAAGAGCAUCUCCCUCAUUUGGUAUGUGGCGCUGGACGAACGCACGCUGGGCCACAUCAAGUACGUGUCGGAUGACAAGAGCCCGGAGCCGGGUGUUUAUGGCGAGACCCAGGGACUGGGGGAGUUCCAGGUGCGAUUCCAUGCCGUCAAGGGCAAGAUCCUGCACAAAUCGUAUCUGAGCACGGUGGCGCCGUCGCUGAGCAAGCUGAAGGACACGCUCUUCUCGCACUUCCGCGCCUUUGCCGACAAGCGGGGCAACCGGUUCAUCGGCCUGCCCGGCGAAAUAGUCUCCCAGAACGGGCUGCCGUCGUCGAAUCCGGAACCGAACUUUAUCGCCAUCCAGAUUACGGCGGAGGUGGACUUCACCCUGGACAUAACCUAUCAGUCCACGUCGGGCUUCUCGCUGGGCGAGUCCAUACCCAAGCCGCCGACUGGCCGGGCGUACCAGGACUCGUUGCAGGCCAAGAUCACGGAGUUCGAGCGUCGCUUCGAGGACCGUUUCCAGCUGAAGAAGAAGGGUCAUUCGCCGGAGGAGGUACGAUUCGCCCGGAACGCUCUCAGCAACAUGCUGGGCGGCAUCGGCUACUUCUACGGCUCCAGUCGAGUGCAGUCGGUCCACACGAAGAAUCCGGUUCCGUACUGGAAGGCGCCACUCUACACGGCUGUGCCGUCGCGCAGUUUCUUUCCACGUGGCUUUCUGUGGGACGAGGGCUUCCACGGCCUGUUGAUCAGCGCCUGGGACGUGGACAUUGAGCUGGACAUCAUCUGUCACUGGUUCGAUCUGUUGAACGUCGAAGGAUGGAUACCCCGCGAGCAGAUCCUGGGCGUGGAGGCGCUGGCCAAGGUGCCAGAGGAGUUUGUCACCCAGCGGAACAGUAACGCCAAUCCGCCAACGUUCUUCCUCACGCUGAGGAAGCUCCUCACCAGCCACCGGGCGGAGUUGUCGCAAAAGGGUCGUCUGGCCAUCCUGGAGCGCCUCUAUCCUAGAGUUCAGGCCUGGUUCAAUUGGUACAACACCACGCAACGAGGCGAAGUCUUGGGAACGUACUUGUGGCGCGGCCGGAAUGCCACCACGCAGCGGGAACUGAACCCGAAGAGCUUGUCCUCUGGACUGGAUGACUAUCCGAGAGCGUCGCAUCCCACGGAUCGGGAACGCCAUCUGGAUCUGCGCUGUUGGAUCGCCUUGGCCGCCAGUGUGAUGGCCGAGCUGUCCAGUAUCCUGGGCAAGGACGAUGCCAAGUACUAUGAGACCGCCUCCUUCCUAACCGACAAUGAGCAGCUGAACCGUCUCCACUUGGCGCCGUACAGCGAUCAGUACGCCGACUGGGGCCUCCACACGGAUCAGGUGAAGUUGAAACGUCCGCCGGCACUGACCCCGAAGAACCAGCACCACAACUACCAGCAGCCGGAAAUGGUACGGGUGGCGGGCGAGGAGCCGAGCUAUCAGUUUGUGGACACCACCUUCGGCUAUGUGAACCUGUUUCCCCUGCUGCUCGAGCAGCUGGACCACGACUCACCGCAUCUGACCAAGAUGCUGCACGAUCUCCGGGAUCCGGAGCAGCUGUGGACCAACUACGGCCUCCGGUCGCUGUCGAAGAAGUCGCCCCUGUACAUGAAACGCAACACGGAACACGAUCCGCCCUAUUGGCGCGGCCCCAUCUGGAUCAAUAUCAACUACUUGGCGGCCAAGGCACUGCAUCAUUAUGGCAACAUCGAGGGACCCAAUGCCGCCUUGGCACGGGAGAUAUAUGGCGAGCUGAGGGACAACCUGGUGGGGAAUAUCUUCAAGCAGUACAAGAAGAGCGGCUACCUGUGGGAGCAGUACGAUGACACCACUGGCGAGGGCAAGGGCUGCAAUGUCUUCACGGGAUGGACGGCCUCGGUGGUGCUACUCAUGGCCGAGCACUACUGAGUUCGGGCACUUCUGAGUGCUCUCUUCCACGACCUCCUCCUUCGAUCAAUCUGCUGUGAGUUCCUCAUCGAACAUCCCUGCGCCUGGAUUCCUAACAAAAAAAAAAAACUAAUAACGAUCUAUAUUGUGAAUAGGAUAGUUUCUUAAAAAAAAAAAAAAGAAAACCAAAGUCUUCAGUAAUAUUGGUUUAACGAAUGACAAUUGAAACAAUAGUGGUUUUAUGAUUUCAUCUUAAAUUGUAGCUUAUAUUGUAUAUUAUUUAACCAAUAGUACCAUUAAUUUAUUGAAGAUCUUUUAUGUUAAGUUAUUGCAAUAGAAGCCGGCUUAAAUGUAGAGUCUAUUACUUUCAAAGUUUAAAGCUUAAAUACAUAUAUUUCCUUGCCAAAAGUGAAAGAUUCAACUA